CCGAACUUUAAAAGUUGCUUCUGAACGCCACUGCCAUCAAGCCCAGCAACUUGCAAAACACUAGACAGUAACCAUGCUUCUGCGAAGUUAUAGAAGACCUGGAAAUGCUUGUUGGGUCUGACAGAGCGUUUGGUACGAAUCCGUACAACAUCAUUAUUUCCAUUCACUAGCUUUUGAACAUUCGAUCCAUCGAUAUCGAUUGAGGCUCAAGAUGAGCAAAUCUGCAAUGAACGAUUUCAUGCCUAUCAUCAUAGAAAUGAUGCGGAACCCGCCUGACCCCAACGAACCCUUACCUUUAUCCAAUCGUCUCUCAACAGCAAUUGGUGUUUCCAUUCCGUUCCUUGUACUUAGUCUGAUUGCUGUAGGCCUUCGCCUCUACAUCAGAGUUGGUGUCGUCCGACGACCAGGAUGGGAUGAUGCCUUCGUUACUCUUGCGGCCGUGUUCAACGUAAUGGCACAAUCCACGUUUUUAGGAGGGGUCAAGCAUGGCCUCGGUCAACACCUAAUAUCAAUUCUGAGCACUUUGCCCACAACCAUGAAAUGGUUUUAUGUCGCAAACGCCACCUAUACCACGACUACCGUCUUCAUCAAACUAUCCCUGCUCUGCCAAUACUUGAGACUGUGGCGCGAGGGUUAUCGUCGUCAUGUAACGAUAGUACUUCUGACCGUUGUCAUACUCUGGGGUAGCGUCUUUCAAUUCAUGGCGUGGUUUCCCUGCUUCCCAGUAAGAGGAUUCUGGGAUAAAACCAUGAGUCCCCCAGCCAAAUGCUAUGGAUUCGGCUACCGUUCAUCAGAGGAGACUAAAAAUACCCUUUUGGCAUUCGCAGGCUCCAACAUGUCUCUUGACUUUGUCAUCUUCAUCGUACCCCUUACAGAAUACUUCCGACCCAACCUUAAACGGAAACAAGUGUUGGCAUUGUCGGGCCUGUUCACUGUGGGGCUUAUCGUCGUACUGAUGGCUAUCCUUCGACUGUGGAGUGGCCUUAGGUACAACAACCGUGGUGUGCUGAUGUACGACUAUACCUAUUGGUUCCCCGGCGUUAUGAUAUUUUCGUGUCUCGAAGUCGACUUCGCCAUCAUCUGUGCUUCAAUCCCGAUAUUCUGGCCUACCAUUAUGGCUGCGUGGAGCCAGAUCACGGUCACCAAGGAAGUGGUCGUGACAUCCGAGCCGUGUCAUGAUGAGACACGCGCAGAUGUCCUUGAGUCGCAUAGUGGAAGAUCUGCGUCAUUAAGGAGUCAUGACAGUACAGAAGAGCUGGUAGCAGGCAAAAGCAUGGAAGGCAGGUCUUUCUAUGGGAACCCUCGAGUGGAGACAAGAGGCUUACCGCUUCCUAAACUUCCACACAUUACCCGCCUAUCGUGGAGUAAUAUGCCUUAAACUAAAGCUCCAAGUAAUGAACAAAGAGACACAAUUAGCAAAUGUUAAAUGUAAUAUUUUACACGGAAAAGUCAAUGUUCAG